AUGAUGUAACUUCUGGUUCUGUUUAGUCAUGCAUGACAUCACCGUGUUUACAGACGAUGACAUCACUUGUUUAAUAAUGCUAGUCCUCUAGCUGAAGUCAGUUUGGCCGAGAAUGAAAGGAAACCAAAACACCUCCCUCCUACGUACUUUCAUCCGAGCCGCCUUUACCAACUAGGUAUAUAAGACUCCUCAGCAUGAACCACCGGCACUUUACUACCAACCUUAAGAGUUCGCAACAAGAGAGAAGCAAACAAACAAACAACAGGACAACAUGUUUCCAGAAACGGAGUGCGGAAUCUGCUACCGAAUUUACAACCUCAGUCGGCGGUGUCCUCGACAGCUGUGCUGCAAACACACGUUUUGCGAGAGCUGCCUGGUGACGCUCUGGCGGUCCGCGGAGAGCCCUGAACCCCGGAUAAUGUGUCCGCUGUGCCGUCACUCCACGCCGCUGUCGGAGGCGAGAAUCCAAGAGACCCUGCCGGUAGACGAGGACAUUUUUGAGCGGCUUGUAACCGCGGGCUACGCGGAGGAAUGUGCGGAUGACGACGAAGACACCGAGGAGCCCAAACGGGACACGGCCAUCCCACCAAAAGAAGAAGUUUCACCCCCGCAAAGAUCGCGUAAAAGACGCCUGAUGAAAUGUUUUAAUCGCCUGUGCCAGAAAUUCACCGGGGAUGUACGGAGAAAUUGUAUGACUGAUGAAGACUUUAGGGACCUGGCAAUGAUGUCCUGCUACAUGAUGUGAAAGACAAGAUUUCAAGUUAUUCAAGAAGUGUCACUCAGAUAAUCUGAACGCCAAAAGAUGUAACCACACACGAUUUAAGGGAGCAGAUGUAAUCAUUUAAGAAUCAUCUAUUGAAAAUCACUGGUUUACUGCUGAACUGAACAUUUGGGUGGAUGUGUCCCCUCCAGUGUUCGAGGGUGUCACGGCCCUGCCUCGAGGUUAUGGAUGGCAGUCCGCAAUGGAAACCUAUGGAUGACAUGAUGUGUUUUUGUGCUGAAGCUGUGGAAUGUCAGCACAUGGGAAGCACAAGAGGACUGUUUGCUUUUGGGCGUGACUCGUCGCCAUAACAAAGAUGUAGGGUUGUUCCAGAGAAACCUAUAAACAACACAUCAACAAAAACAUGUCUUUUUUUUAAUUUUUUUUUUAUGAACCACAAUGCCUUAUAGAUUAUUUUCUUUUAGGCCAUUAUAUUUUUGGUGCUGUUUCUUUUCUGUUACAAAAUCAUGGAGACUAUACUCAACCAGUUUCUCCUUUUUUAAUUAUUGUAACUUAAUGAUUUUGAAGAAUUUCUAUGAAAUAUACUUGUAUUUAUUCUGUCUAUUGUUUAAUUAUACGGAGUUUUUCAGUGUUACAUUUGUAUCAAAUGAAAGAGCCCUAAUUAUAUGUCUUUUCAAGAUCACAAA